UUGCCUUUAGCUUUGUUGACAUUUAUACGUUCACUGGCUUCAUGCAUCAUAUGUAGCAUCAAUCUAGACCAUAUAUUUCUGCUCUUAAUACUGUUAUGUACCAGAAAAGGUCUGAAGAAUAUAUGUGGCAGUAAGACCACCAAUUAAGAUGGAAGAAAGGCAGUAUUCAUCUCUGACGGCUCCUAUGGAUUAUCUUCAGUAUUGGUACCAAACCAAUCAGGAGUUUCAGCCACAGCAAGUGCCGCAGUACCACCAGGUGGUUAACAAUGCCCAGUACACUGAAAGACCCAUGGAGGACAAAGUCAUGACUGAUUUAGCAGUACAUCAAGAUCCCUAUCCAGAUCAAACUCAACAGCCCAAUCAACUCUUUGUCCAGCCACCAGAUAUGGCCUUGCCACCAGCACCUCCGACAAUACCAUCAAAAGGAAAGAAAAGAGGGCGGCCUCCAAAAGGUGAAGGAAAGGAGCAAGCGCAGGCUGAAGACUCUCCAAAGAAAGCGAAGAGAACACUAGAUAGAUUCAAUGGAAUGUCUGUAGAAGAAGUCAUGGCUAGAAAGCUGCCAGACGUUAUCACCCAUAAUCUUGACAUUCUGAUUAUUGGAAUCAAUCCUGGACUGUUGUCAGCCUACAAGGGAAGGCACUACCCAAAUCCUGGGAACCAUUUUUGGAAGUGCUUGUUUCUCUCUGGGUUGACUGACGAACAGCUCAAUCACAUGCACGAUCAGACUUUGCCUGAUAGGUACAGCAUUGGUUUCACCAAUAUGGUGGAGCGGACUACACCAGGAAGUAAAGACCUAACAAACAAAGAGAUCCGUGAAGGUGGACACCAACUUUUGGAAAAGCUUCAGAAGUACAGACCGUUAAUUGCUGCCUUCAAUGGCAAAGGCAUUUAUGAAAUAUUUUGCAAGGAGAUUUUUGGAGUGAAGGCCAAGAACUUAGAAUUCGGUUUGCAGCCUUACAAAGUGCCAGACACAGAGACGGUUUGCUACCUGAUGCCAUCAUCAAGCCCACGUUGUGCCCAGUUCCCUCGUGCUCAGGACAAAGUGCACUUCUACAUUAAGCUAAAAGAAGUCAGGGAUCAGAUGAAGGGAAUGGUCAAGACUCAGGAAGUCCAAGAGACAAACUACUCUUUUGAUCUGGCUCUGGCCAAAGAGGAUGCCAAAAGAUUUGCAAUCAAAGAGGAACAGCAUGACCCUGGGUACGAGGAGACUUGUGGCCAUAGAUCAUGGGGGGAACCACAGCAAGUGUUUGGUGUUCAUUCUUCUAACAGGACAGGUACACACUCCCAUGUUCAUGGUUAACCUGGAAAUAGCAGGUAACGGACAACCGAUGGACAAUGCAGCCAUUUGCGGACUAAAUUCCAGACAUCAGAUGUAGCAGCAACAAUGGAACAACCUGAGAAAAGAGGUUAUUGGAGAAAGACUUAUGUUAUGUGCUUGUCUACACCGCAUGUACAGAGGAGGACCAACAAGAACUUUUUUUUUUUAUCAUUGAUAUUUUAUGUUUAUGUUUGUUUAUGUGUGCUUUCAAAUUUGUGUUUGGAGGAACAAUGCUGGGAACUUGAAAGCUGGACUGAACAUGAAUUGUCUGAUUGAGACAUUUGUUCAUUUUGUGCCUCUCUAUCCUUUUACUUCAAACAUUACAAGUUAAAUUACCCUGUUUAAUUUGACACAGUUUCACAUUUACUAAAUGUAUACAUUGUCUAUGGUACUGAAAUUAUUAUCUUGGAUGGAAAGGAUCUCCUAAAAUGUGCACAGAGACUGUCAGUGCAACAAAUCCCUAAUGCAAUCCACUGUUGGACUCUUGAAGUAGUAGUCUUCUAGAGGUGCAUCACUGUGCAUGACCUCCAUGCAUGGUUUAGAUGUAAUAUUGCAGAUGGCAUGCUCAGACAUUAUGGUGCUUAUUUAACACUUAAUCACUCAAUUUACCUCAAUUUGAAUGGUAUUUUAAGGCUUUUUAGAAUUGUGUUUUAUUGUAAUGGACGUAACCAGUGUGCAUAUCUGUUUGUGUAAUAAUUGUGUUUUGUACCAUUUGUACAUGUGUCGUUAUCUCAUAAUAACAAUCUGGCAUUGUUGCUGUGAGAAUGAAUUGUGUAUCAUGUAUGUCAUUUUGCAAGUUGUGUAUAUAUAUAUAUUUUUUUUUUCUUUUCUUUUUUUUUAUACGUUGGUAUUAGCCUACUGAUGGAUUGUUUUGGAAAAUAAAAGCAAUUGGUAAAAGCAAAAAUGAUGGAAAUUUGCUAUUUCUUUUCUCACUGGUAUAUUUGUACAUUGUACAUUUAUUGUGCAGCAAUUAAAAGCAAAACACAAACGUAACGUUCCACCAAAGUAGGCCCCACUUUAGUUAUUAGAGUUA